CGAAAGGAGACACCGUAGCCCGCUCUCGACUUUCCUCCCCCCUCAGCUGGGGGCUGGGAGUCACUGAACCCUGCUCCAGGUGACCGCAGUUCGGGAAGGUCGAAGUGGCGCUGCCCUUCCUGGCAGGGCCGUGCUGCUCCGGAGGGAGGAGGACGCAACCCCACUCCUGCCUCUUAUUUCCUUAUCCCCACCGCCGCCUGUUCCCAGGGGUCCCCGACGACCCCGCAACUACAACGACACUUCUCAGCGGCCGGUUCAACCCUUCUGGGAGCUGUUUGUCAACAUACUGACUACAGAAAGUGUCAGGUAAUUAAGCACGGCAUCAUGAAGAUUGAGUUACUGCCAGCCCUAACUGAUAACUACAUGUACUUGAUCAUUGAUGAAGAUACCAAGGAAGCGGCUAUUGUGGAUCCAGUACAACCCCAGAAGGUUGUGGAAACAGUAAAAAAACAUGGAGUGAAACUGACCACUGUUCUUACUACCCAUCACCAUUGGGACCAUGCUGGGGGCAAUGAGAAGCUCGUCAAGAUGGAACGUGGGUUGAAAGUAUAUGGGGGAGAUGAUCGAGUUGGGGCCCUCACUAACAAAGUGUCACACCUUACUACGAUACAGGUGGGAUCUCUCACUGUCAAAUGCCUGGCAACACCAUGUCACACUUCUGGACACAUCUGUUAUUUUGUGAGUAAGCCCAAUAGUUCAGAGCCACCUGCUGUUUUUACAGGUGAUACCUUAUUUGUAGCUGGUUGUGGGAAGUUUUAUGAAGGAACAGCAGAUGAAAUGUACAAAGCCCUGCUUGAAAUUUUGGGCCGUCUUCCCCCGGAAACAAGAGUGUACUGCGGUCAUGAGUACACCAUCAAUAACCUCAAGUUUGCACGUCAUGUUGAACCAAACAAUGUUGCUAUUCAAGAAAAGUUGGCCUGGGCUAAGACAAAAUGUGGCAUCGGAGAACCAGCUGUACCAUCUACUAUUGCUGAGGAGUUUACAUACAACCCAUUCAUGAGAGUGAGGGAGAAGACAGUACAACAGCAUGCAGGGGAGACAGACCCUGUGACCACCAUGAGGGCCAUCCGAAAGGAGAAGGAUAAUUUCAAGGUGCCCAAAGACUGAAGUUCCCCGCAGGAAUGAUCACAAUGCAAAUUCCUCCUGCUAGUCCUUUUUACAGUAAUUUGGGUAUUCUGAUGUUUUAGGUAAUUAAUUUCUCUGUUAUUGUGGGAGAAUCAUUCUUGUUUGUGGUUUGUGUUUUAUUUUAAAAUUGUCUUUAAAAGCCCUUUGUUUCUUUUGCCAAACAUUCUGUGGCAUAUUUAUAAGAUAAAAAAUUUAAAGAAUAUUUAUUCAUAUAAUUUUUGCUUUCAGAUUCUGUAAUGAUCAGUUGUGAUUCUGCAAGCACGCUUUCCUUAAGGGCUUAAGGGGAGAGGAGAUACUCUAAUGUGGUCAAUACUAUGCUUUCAUGAAAUACCCUUACCCUGGAAACUGACCCCAGCAAGAGGCUCCAGGCUUUGUUUGCAGCCCAGCUAGCUUUUUGAGCUGUUUUCAACUCCUAAGUUCAUAUUUGUGCUGAACAAGUCUGGCCAAACCCUAGGGAGACACUUGGGCCUGGACCCAGAGGGAGGGAGAAGAAGGUCUGGUCAGUAUUACAAUUUGGACCCUUUUCCUUCGUUGCUCCUCUACAGAAGAAGUCUUUCUUGUUGCUUCAAGUUGACCCAGCAUUUAAAAUGAGUUCUCCUUUCCCAGUUCUUUACUUUAGACCCCUCUCUAUCCUCAAGAUAACUUCUAGGGCCAGAGGCUAAUGUUUGGAGUUAAUGUUUUGCAGAAUUUUAUGCCAUUAUUUUCCAUUGCUCGUAUCAGCAAAAAUUGUUGAGGUCAUGUCCUCUGUAAAGUUGGCAUCCCAUCCCAAUCUGAAUAGGAUCUGGAGGGGGUAAAAAAGAACCUUUGAGAGUAUUAUCUUGGUUUGAGAGAUUUAAAGAUUCAAAAACUUGAAAACAUCCUUAAACACGUAACAUUGCUGUAUAUAGAAAUUCAGUUUUCAGAUAUUAAAGACUCUUAACUCCACCAAAGCCAAGUAACGUAGACAUCUGCUUUGCUGUUUGCUCUGUUUCUUGACUUGACAUGAAUCGCCUAUUUAAGAAGGAGCCUCUGUCCCUAGGCAGAUGCUUACAAGUGUAUUCUGUCUGUCCAAGAUUGUGUUAUCAUUAUUAAACAUUAAGUGGCCUCAGCUCUUACUACGUGAUAGACUGAAGUCCCAUAGCAACCUGGAGUUCCUUUGAUAUAUUAAGCCAAUGUCUACUCUGAGUGGUAAUGGAAACCAUUCUGGAGAGCAUGUGACAAAGAUCAUGCCAUGACUGUCCCCCUGUUGGACAGAAAUAUGUCUAGGAAGAUAGGAAAGGGUUAACUGGCAGAGUGGCAAGGAAUGCUUGGAAAAAGAAAGUCCAUCCUUAUUCAGUCCAUGGAACUCAUGCUUGCUCCUUUAUGGCUACUGUCAUGGCUAAAACUGGUCUCCAUAAACUGGUUUCUUCCAGUUGUCAAAAAACAGUAUUUUGUGGCGUUUUUCCAGCUAUAGUGAUUCAUCUUGUUGUUAGAUAUGGUCAAAAACAUGCUCUUUGCCUGGGAAGGUUUUAUCAAAGGGAACUUGAAAUUUCUUUCCUAUAGAGAUGUAGCCAUCAUAUGCAAUGGAUGUUCAAAGAGUAAGCCUUCUCCUACGUUGAUAACUGCAUUUAGCCCCUAAAGUUCCAGUGUCUCUUUUAAUAACAUGUGACCCAAGAUGUUGGUAUAGUGUGGUUUCUUUUGGGCACAUUACUUCAGAUAGUAGGUUUUAAGCUCAGUGCUGGCAGGGGUUUCAUUAACAUUUAAAUUUUUUCUAUGUUUCUAAGCGGGAGGGAAAAGGGUAGUUCAGAGCCUUCAAACACAGCAUGAUUGUUAAGUGACGAGAGUAGUUUCUUUAAGUCGUCAUGGAAAUUUGUCUCAUUUCUUUAUAGCCACGCCCUGCAUUUUCACUCAGAAAGGGUGACCCUGGGAGGCCAGCUCUCCAGUAACGAAGAACCAAAGCAGGGGACACUUAAGAGUGGCUAUUUUGGGUGCUUAGUGAGUUGUGUUUUUGGUUUGUUUUUAAUGAGAAAGUGACUGGGCCCAGGGUGAAUUAGGUUGGCUUGAUAAGAACUUUUUUUCCUCUUUGCCUCGCCUAUGAGUGAGGACAUAAACCUGUUUCUGUCCGGUCCCUUUUUGUCUCAUCAUCCUCCAUUAAAAUUUGACUCCUAGAUUGGUCACGACUGACCAGAGCAGGGCUUGCUUAGCUCCCUUUGCAGAAGUGAGGAGGAAGAAGAAAGUGAGGAAGACUAUGGUCUAAAACUAUAGAAAUUCCCAGAGAAGUCAGGUCUCAAUUGGGCAUCUAGAAUGACAGUGGAAACAGUUACAGUUGCUGAGUCUUGCUUUUCAGAUAAAGGGACUUUUACCCUUUUCUCACUUGCCAUCCUCCCAUGGGAGGUCCCUGAAUGCCACACAGCUUUGAGAAAAUCCUACCCCAUGUGAAUCCUUGCCAUAGUCCCACCGUCUGAUGUGCUUUUAGUGCCCAAGAUAAAAUAGAAACAUAAUUAAUGAUAACUUGCUGCCCCCACCCAUUCUCUAGUGGGGCAUUUCUGUCGUUGGCUAAUCUCACUUGUGGCUACUGUUACCAUUCAGUAGAAGUUGGAGUUUAACACCUCUCGAGCACAGACAAAAUGCCACCAGACCCUGAACAAAUGGUCUCAGACACAUUCUCCAAGCAGAGGUCAGCCUUCAGGGUUGCUCAUGUCCUAUUCAGAAAACAGGCCAAGACACCGGAGAAGUUGGGUUACUUCACACUGGGCUUCUCUGGAGGUGCUGAGGUAGGGAGGUGAAGUGGUCCCCAUUCUGUAAUUGCCCACUGACUGGCAAGGAGAAGAGGGCCUCUGGUACUCCAGCAGCUCUCUCUCCAGCUCACAGACUGUUUCUAGUUACAAAGUUUCAUUUCUGCAUUUGAAUGUGGGGGUCAGGGCUUGAAUCUUUUUUUUAAUAAGUCUGAGUUUAAUUUUAUGAAAAAUAGGCAGCCAUUGGCUUGCCCCUCUCAUGCUAUGCAAGGUGACGAAGCCAGUGUGUAAGCCCAAAGGCAGCUGUGAAUCAGUGAGCCUGUGAGGGGUGUGUAUCCACUCUCCUGUGGGAAGGGAGAAUUCCUGCCGCUCCCUAUUGGAGGGGAAGAUAGAACCUGUGUCUGUUCUGCACUUUGAGCUCCUCAAAGAGAAACACUGUGGAGUAUUAUUCUUGUUUCUGAAUUAAUUUUAAUCUUCUGUGAUCAGUGUUGAGUAGGCUUGCGUGUAAUGGUUUCGCUAAUAAACCCUUCACUGUUGAAAAUAGAA